GAUGGGCGUGCUGGCGUUCUCUUCGGGCGGGUGGGGCAGGGUUGCGAGGACUUGGUUGGAGUUUAAUUAGGUGAGUUUGUUUGGAGCGUGGUGAUGUUUGCGAGGGGUCUACUUACCGGACUGGGUGGUCCAGAGGGCGUUGGUGGGGGUUUCGGAGCCCAUUUUGAGAGCGGGAUAGGUGUUUUGCUUGGCGAAGGAAGAGGGUUGGUGGAUGUUCUAGGGGUAUAUGAUCACAGCCCAAGAGGAAGGAGGUUGAAGAAGAGGAAGAGGGGAAGAAGAGAAAAGGACUGGAAAUCGCAAGAUCGAGAAAGGCAGAGAGAGAAACGCAAACGCGGGGAGAAAAAGCGGUGUUUACCUGAUUGGGUUUGGCUUCGGAUGGUCCACCGAUCGGGGAGGAGGAGAGGAUGCAGUGCGCUGAGCUGCUGCCGCCAUCUUCAUCUCAGCAUGGAUAUGCUUCCAGUCCAAUCCCUACGGAGCCAUCCCCGUCGUGGCAGCAGCAAUUGGAGCUCACUCUGAUCAGCUGGACAGGUCUGAUCGUGGGGUCACUGCCAAGUCCUACCCAUCUGCUCGUUUGGGCUCUUUGUUGACUUAAGUUGACGCCUCAUAUUCCCGGGUUG